UACAUUACCCAGAAUGCCGCCCGAACGUCGUUUCAGGACAUCCGGUGAAGAGGAGACGGCGGAGAUAAGCAAGAAAGGUCUUCUCAUAGCGAAUACAUAAUUACCAAAUUUUAUGCUAAUUUGAUAUAUAGGUUACGGCAUAUAGUUGUUUUAUACUUCUUGAACUAACUGUCACCAGAGAAGUACAAUGAUCCGCUUCAUUCUGAUCCAGAACCGUGCAGGCAAGACCAGACUGGCCAAGUGGUACAUGCAGUUUGACGACGACGAGAAGCAGAAGCUCAUCGAGGAGGUUCACGCUGUGGUCACGGUCCGUGACGCCAAGCACACCAACUUCGUGGAGUUCAGAAACUUCAAGAUCAUCUACAGGCGCUAUGCCGGCUUGUACUUCUGUAUUUGCGUGGAUGUGACAGACAACAACCUGGCGUACCUGGAAGGCAUUCACAACUUUGUAGAGGUUUUGAACGAGUAUUUCCACAAUGUGUGUGAAUUGGAUCUGGUGUUUAACUUCUACAAGGUGUACACCGUAGUGGAUGAGAUGUUCCUGGCAGGAGAGAUCCGGGAGACGAGCCAGACCAAGGUGCUGAAGCAGCUUCUCAUGCUGCAGUCCCUGGAGUAGGCGUUCUGCUCGGACAGCCCCUCCCCCUCCACGGUCCCCAAUCAGCUGAUAGCCCAGGAAGGCCCCUCCUUAAAUCGACACUGAGGGACAGGCCUUGUGACCCGAACCACCCACUUUAGCAGAGUCCGUGUCCUGCCUUCCCAGAACCCAGUUAGAUUCAGGAGUUCUUGUGCUUUUUUUUUUUCCUUCUUUUGUGCAGUGUCAUGCUAUACAGUUGAAUGGAGCAGCAGUGUCCCCCCCCCCCCCCUCCGAAACACUACUACAGCUAAUGAGCACCACAUUGGCCAAGAGCUGCCUGCCUACCUGCGUCUCGCUGCCCAAUCGUAGGAACGGGUCUGCUGACAGACAUGGAAGUUUACAGCAUUUACAAUUUCAAAGUUUAAAUUUAAAGCUUAAUGUUACAUAAACAAUUACCACCCUUAAUUCUCCCAGCCAGGUCGAUGCUAAAUAUUUUUACUCGCUGGCUGUGUUGACUGGAUGAAGGCUGUGCAGUUUCAUGCUAUUGCCGGUGUUCAUUAGUUUGGUCCAACAUAACACCUUCACCCCUCAAAGAAAAGGGGGGGGGGAUGCCACUAAGUGGGAAAACCAGUUGCUGGGAUGUGCCCUGCUUUAUUCCAUGGGACACAUGCUGUGUUUGUUGUGUAAUUCAGACUCAGUGUAUCAGCCAAUAAGGGACCAGGGAUAGACUGGAGGGAUGGUGCUGAGGCUGGGCCUUAAAGAUCGAACACCAAUCACCUGUAGCCAUUUUUCUUUCUGUAUUGUUUUUUUCUCCCUUUGAGUAAUCUAUAAUCUCACUGCUUGACCUGAGCUUGUAUAUAUCAGGUGAAAUCAUGGUGGGCUAGAUCUGACUCGUACUUCCUUAGCCACACCACCCUGCACAGAUGUGAAAUAAUCAAAUACCUGAAUAAUGAAACUGCAAAUGAACGAUAUAUUUAUGGCCUGCAACUGAAAAACGUGGCAGUCAAUUAAAGUAGCUUAGAAUGAGGGAUAGAGUGAAUCGCCCAGCAGGUGUGCCUGAAACCAGGUCCGGGCAGAUUGUAGAAUAUGUCGGUCGUUAGUGCGACCUGAGCACUUUUGAUUAAAAACAAAUAAAAAGAUCGGUGGCACUUGACUGAGUUACGACGUUUGUGCCGCAGCUCUCCAAGCCGUCCGUGGCUGUCGGGCUCAAGGCCGGUGCUGUAGGGGAUCUGUGCUUGGAACCAUGAGACAGACAUCGCCGGUCCACUGGGUUUGACCUUAUGCUUGGCCAGGUCUGUUAGUAGCGUGUUGAAGGAUGCUGCCUCGACUGCCACCGGUUGGCGAAGAUCAACAGCAUGUCUUCACCAAUUCUGGUCGCUCCAUAUAAUUGCUCAUCCCUUCUGCCAGCACACUUUAAUAAACCACUAAUCAGUCCCCUGAUUAGUUUACUGAAGCAUGCUUGGUGGUGAACCAGAAGUCGAUGGCUAGGGGCCUGUUCAGGAAUGGGUCGGAACAGGCUGGUCUGGACUUCAGCCAAAUGACAAAAAAAAAAAUCACCUUUUCUGCCCGCUAUGGUGAAGAGGACCAAACUGUUUCGCCAUACUGUCUGUUUAGGUGCAGCCAGCUACACACAGCAAGUUUUCCAUGUUGCUUUUAGUAUUAUUUUUUUUUUGGUAUUGAAUGGGUCAUGUACAUGUAAUGUUACACAUGGCUAGUGAUUCCCAGUACUACUCGUUUCCCCACCACCAGCGAGUGUGAGUGUUGCAAGGUGCUAUUGUCAUUAUCCUGUUGCUGAAGUCUAAUGCUAUUCUCUUCUGUUGAACAUGUAUAUAUACAGUAAAAGUAAAUGUAAAAGAAUUUGCCUUAA